AUUUUCCGUCGCUUGUACUAAGUGGAUGUGUGUUGAUUUCAGCGAAUUAUUUAUUUCCAUUUCAAUUACCCCAGUAAUUAUGGAUAAUAAAUGAGUGUUUCAAACGAAAGCGAGUGAAUUCGCACGCAACGAUGGCGCUGAGCGCUGUAGCGGAAGAGUAUUUCCGUUCAAUGAACCCUCUCGCUGCUAAAAUUCAUGAAGACAUAGAAGAAGCAAAAAAUUCUUACGAAAACAUCUGGGAAACGCUUACAGAUAAAGAAAAGACUGAAAUUAUAAACGAAUCUAUAAUCAAACCGGAAAUAGCACUGAAAUAUGCGCUACUGGACUCUCUGGACUUCGACAUAAACGAUCCUCCGGUGAGAAAAGAUGAUUUGAUGUCCUUCUUCGGUCGUGAUCAUGGCCAGAGGAUCGUUCAUGAUGACAAUACGACUUAUAAAGAUGAACACUCAGCUCCAUUCUUAUACCAAACCAAAAGCCAACUAAACCUCUGCGUGUUAAGCGAGCACAGAAUCCCAAAAGACUUGAAAACAACAUCACCACCACCGGUUAUGACCGAAUUGGCACUAUCUCACUCAAAAGUUGUCUGCGAACUGAAAAAUGCUUUAAAAUCUCAUGAUAAAUUGAAAACUUAUAAAGAUACUCAGGAGAGAGACGUGACUUCUCCCACGGGAUUUAUAAGUAAGUUCAUCGGGAACUUUAAGAUGAAGGAUGAAGAACGGGAGUGUUUGGUAACACCAGGACCUCAGACUCAGAUAGUAGCGUCUUCAGAUAACUUCUUCCGAACGAAUUUUAAGAGUCCACAGUCUGACGCCAAGUUUGAGAAGGACUACAGAAGCAGCAUGGUGAAAUCUAAUAGUGACCUCUCCGAUGAGAACCGCGGCCUCCUCUCAAGCCACGCCUCAUCAACGGACUUCCAAUCAACCGAAACACUAACCGACUCCGUGCCAAAGACAGGUUACGAUUUUCUGGACAACUGGUAACUUUAUAUCGGACUUUAAAUAUACAAUGGUGUGUACGAAGACACAAUCUAAUUGCAUUUUAAGUUAUACCUGUCAUUUUCUUAUCCGCUGAAAAAGAAAGGGAUGGGUAAUCGACAGGAGUCAAAUUUCUGCUGACGUAGGCAGUAGGGUGUCAGUAAAUUUUGUGGAUAAACAUAUAUGGGGCAUGAAGGAAACGAUUAUUCUUUACCUUUGUUUAUUUUACACGUUUUAUAUUUUUUUACGUUUUCUCUUAUUAACAACUGGGGCCUUAAAAUGGCCACAUCGAAGCAAUUCAUCUAAGAAAGUAAUAUUGCAAUUUGACAUUUGCGCAUAUAAAAGUAAGUGCGCAAUGCAAACAAAUGUCAAAUAGCAAUAUUGCUUUCUUAGAUGAAUUGCUUCGAUGUGGCCAUUUUAACCCCCCAGUACUUAUUUUUAAUAAAUAAAUAAAUAACCGACCGCCAUUUCCCUGUCAUUCCGCAAUUCCCUCUUCUCUCUCAUUCGUUGCUCUCUCUUUCACACACCUUUGCGUUACGUUUCAUUCAGCCUACCAUUCCAGCAUAUAUAAAAAUGAGGACCGGCGUAGGGUGACCAUGAUGUGACAUUGCCCAAGGGCAGGUUUGUUUACAUAUUGAUCUGCGACCAAGGUCGCUACAUAAACACAAAUCUAAAACAACCCUAAAUUUUACAUUCGCCAGUAACCGAAUUAACAGCACAGGUCAAACGGCCACCCAUUGGAUUCACCUGUGUUAUUCAUUCAUUCACUCAUUCAUUUUAAUAUUAACAGCUGUCAAUAAUUCAUCGCUUUCCUUUUCGGCGGAUAAGAAAAUGACAGGUAUAUAUUUUUUACAUUUUCUUAGUCUGUACUCAAAUGUCUGAGCGCAUAUAGUAUAAUCAAUAUUACUCGAUAAUAUUUAAAAUUUUGCAUGACAAAAAACUAUGUGUGUAAAAGUAUUUGUUAUUGACAUCGUAACGAAAACUUUGAGGGAUGAUUCAAGCCAUGAU